CAUUCAACAGGCAACGUUUUCCCUUAUCGUGGCAUCUCGAUUGCCACUUCCCUUAAUUGCUCUGACACGCAGCUCUUAACGAUAGAAAGCCCGCAAGCUAUUGCUCUGCCGAUGGGUGCAUCUCUCUAUUUAUAACGUAUCAAAAGCAACUGGCUAACCGAAGAGUUGCCUAGCAGGAUUUCCAAACAGACGCGGAAGGCGACUGCCUUUGUGCUUCAUCCUUUCCGCAGGCGACCGAGCAAAAACCACGGCGCGCUGGGUUCUUCGCCCUGCAGGCAUCCUCUGGCGAGGAGCGAGCGCGAGCGCAGCGAGGAGCUUCGGCGCCCGGGGGCAUCGGCUGCCGGGGAAAGAGGCGCGCGAGCCGCCGCCGCUUCUUGUGUCCCAGGCAGCCGCGGCGAACCACAGCCGGCUGCUGCGCUCUCCUCGCCCCUCCCGCUCUCCAGCCCGCCCGCCCUGGCUCCCCUCCCGCCCACCGGCUUCCCCUGGCGUAGGGAGAGCGUGUUCGCAUCUGGGCCGGCAAGAUGGCGGCAGCUGCGGGGUCCGGCCCCCACUUGCUCGGGGCUCUGGGGGAGUCCGCCGUGGAGGCGGGCGGGUCGCCUCGUCCUCUGUCCCCGGAGGAGAUCGCCCACAGGCUGCAGAGCACAAGGCGGGAACUGAGCAACAGGCGCAAGAUUCUGCUGAGGAACCUGCCCGCCGAAAGCAGCAGCCAGGAAAUCCAUGAUUUAUUAAAAGACUUUGAACUGAAGUAUUGUUAUGUGGACAAACAUAAAAGAACAGCUUUUGUUACUCUACUGAAUGGGGAGCAAGCUCAGAAUGCAAUACGGCUGUUUCACCAACAUUCCCUUCGAGGAAAAGAAAUAUCAGUACAGCUUCAGCCAACUGAUGCCCUGAUCUGCAUUACCAAUUUGCCCCCUCUCUAUACAUUGCAAGAGUUUGAAGAGCUGGUGCGACCUUAUGGGAAUGUUGAGAGACACUUCUUGGUAUACAGUGAAGUCACUGGCUAUUCCAAGGGCUAUGGUUUUGUGGAAUACAUGAAAAAGGAUUCUGCAGCAAAGGCUAGGUUGGACCUUCUUGGGAAACAAUUAGGUGGAAAUGUCCUUUUUGCCCAGUGGAUGGAUGCUAAUCAAAUAACUCCAGAACUCGUACAUUCAAAGUGCCUUUGUGUGGAAAACCUUCCUAUAGACUGUACUGUUGGAGAUGAUCUCUUGCAAACUUUCUCAACUAAUUAUAAACCUGUGUUCUACCAACUUGCUCAGGAUGAAGACAGCUCUGUUGGUGGCUUUGGAGUAAUUGAGUAUGAAACAGCAGAACAAGCAGAGGAAGUACAGCAAGGCACAGAUGGUUUGACUAUCAAGGAAAAAAGAGUCCACGUGUCUUAUUGUGCUCCUGGAGCUCCAGGCCGCAGUACUCUUGCUACACUUAUAGCAGCACAACGAAUGAUGAAAAACAACAGAAAAGGGUUACUUCCAGAACCAAAUGCUGUGCAAAUCAUGAAAAGCUUAAAUACUCCAGCCAUGUGGCAGAUAUUGUUACAGCAUCAGAUGCAUGGAUGUGCUAAUAAACUUGUCCUAGGAGCUCCCAUGAAUGUGCCUCACCUUGUAAGUUCAUCAGUCAGCCCAGCCUUUUUGCAUUUGAAUAAAGUUCAUCAGGGUUCUGUUUUUGGAAAUGCAUCUAAUUUGUUGCUACAAAAUUUAUCACAUCUACAUCUGGCACAGCUAGCAAAGAUUGAGAAUAUACAAGCUAAUAGUAAACCAAGUUUGCUUGGAGAGCCUCCAGCUAUGUUGCUUCAGACCAUGUUAGGAACGGGGCCUUUACCACAAGUGGCCACAGACAUAGGGAAUCAAGGAGAACCAUGCAAUUGCAAGUGA